AUGUCUGCUAAUAGAAAAGUUGUUUUAAUUGAUAAUUACGAUUCCUUCACUUGGAAUAUCUACGAGUAUUUAUGCCAGGAAGGUGCUGAUGUGGAGGUCUAUCGUAACGACACGAUCACUGUCGAGGAGGUGGCGAGGUUGAGUCCCGAGGUGUUGGUGAUUUCUCCCGGGCCAGGGCAUCCAAAGACCGAUUCGGGUGUCUCGAGAGAGGCUAUUGAGUACUUCACUGGUAAAAUCCCGGUGUUUGGUAUUUGCAUGGGCCAACAAUGUAUGUUCGAGGUCUUUGGCGGGGAGGUUGCUUACGCCGGUGAGAUUGUUCACGGGAAGACGUCCCCUAUCUUCCAUGACAAUAAAGGUUUCUUUAAAAAUGUUCCCCAGGGUGUCAGUGUCACUAGAUACCAUUCGCUUGCCGGCACCAAUGAAACUCUCCCAGACGUGCUAGAGGUCAGUGCGAAGACGGAGAGUGGUGUCAUCAUGGGUGUCAGGCACAAGAAGUACACCGUGGAAGGUGUACAGUUCCACCCGGAGGCUAUCUUGACGGAGGAGGGUCAUUUGAUGAUUAGAAAUAUAUUGACUGUCACUGGAGGCACAUGGGAAGAAAAUGAACUGAACAAGAAAAAACAAGCUAUUGUCUCGAAUGGUGGAGGGUCGAUCCUGGAUAAGAUCUACGCCCAGCGUAAGGAAGACCUUGCAGAACAAGCAAAGGUUCCAGGGUUCACUGAAAGGGAUCUCGAGACAAAUUUCAAAUUGGGCUUGGCUCCAUCUGCACAUAACUUUUACGAAAAGUUAAGAACCGCAAAGGGCUCUGCUGCAGUCAUUGCAGAAGUCAAGCGUGCCUCUCCAUCAAAGGGAGAUAUAUUCAUCGACGCUAUUGCUGCCGAACAAGGUUUGAAAUACGCCGAGGCUGGUGCUGCUGCAAUCUCGGUCUUGACAGAACCCCAUUGGUUCAAAGGUUCGUUGCAAGAUCUGGUAAAUAUUAGAAAAGCGCUAGACAAGAAGUACGAGUCGAGUCCUUUGCAGAGACCUUGUAUUUUGAGAAAAGAGUUCAUCUUCAACAAAUACCAAAUAAUAGAAGCCAGACUGGCCGGUGCCGAUACAGUGUUACUGAUCGUCAAGAUGCUUUCCCAAGAGCAACUGUUAGAUCUAUACACUUAUGCCACCAAGGAAAUGGGAAUCGAGCCUCUCGUCGAAGUCAGCUCCAAAGAAGAACUAGACUGUGCUGUUGAAAUCGGCGCUAAAGUUAUCGGUGUCAACAACAGGGACUUGCACACAUUCAACGUUGAUCUACAAACUACCACCAGCUUGGUCGCUUCCACUCCAAAAGACACUCUCCUAAUCGCACUUUCUGGUAUCUCCACAAAAGCAGAUGCAGACAAGUACAAAAAGGAAGGUGUCCACGGUUUCCUAGUCGGUGAAGCCCUAAUGAGAUCAUCUAAUGUCAGCCAACUAAUCACAGACCUGUCAGUAUAA